AUGAGACUGCGCUACGCCAUUAUCCUGCACUGUGCACUCUCCCAGGGAAGGACAUUCGAUGCCUCCCCCACAGGAAGUACAGCCUUCCCCGAGAGAGAAGCUUCUUUUUGCGGGGAUACGUCCGACUGCGGAUCCUUCGUAGAGAAGUCCGUGAAGUUCCCGCACCCGGAGGAGCCUCUUCUCUUCGAGUGCGGCCCAGAGAGUCCCGGAGAAAGUAGAAUCCCCAGGGAGUCUCCUGCAGGAAGUUUAGAGGGAAUCCUUUCCCGAGAGAGAAGCACUUUUCUGUGGCGACUCUUCGGGAGUGUCACCCUCUCGCAGACUCCGUACGUGUGCAACCUCAGAAAAAGCCUGCACGCAGAGACGGAGCCAGAGACCCCGCAUAAAACCCUCCUCAACCAGACGCGAGAGAUUCUCUCCACGUGGUACCCGAACAUCCUCGGGGCUUUCUACUUUUUCGUCGUUCUUCUGAGCGUUGCUAGCACGUACCGCCUCGACGGACUCGAAGUCUCGCACUCCGUGAAGGCAGCAAUACGCGAGGGAACAGAGCAUCUUCUCGAGUGGGCCCGGGAGAGAGUUUUCCCGCAGGAGAGAGUCCUUUUCUCCCCCGAAGUAUCUGCGUAUCUCGUCUUCACGCACGCGCAGAUUCUCUCCGGGAACUUUCUCCUUCUCCCGUCCCUGAUCGAGGAGGAGCCGCUGCGAGUCUUCGAGGCUGCCGUGCGCGAGAAAGUGCAGGCGCUUGGGAUGCGGGGGAGCGAACUCCCGAAAUGCGUCGAGUCUUUCGCGGGGAUCUGCACGGGACAGUCCGGGAUUCCCUCCUCCGGUGCAUACGCCCUUCUCCGGCGCCUUCUUCGCCUGCAUGCGACUGUUUACUCGUACGAGGGCAUGAAAAGUGCGCUGGAAGAUGCUUCUCUUCGCUGCGUGUCCGUGGACCAUGCGCGACACGUCCUUCUCUCCUUCUCCUCGGAUCUGACGGGGCUUCUCCUCGCGACUCGCCGGCACUUCUCGGAGUCUGCGUCUCUCCGCGUGCUGUGA